GCAGAGAGCGACGAUGGCACUGAUUGUUCCAACCAUCAUGCAAUACGUGCAAGAUCAGUCAUCCAGCUGGAGUUGGGUGACAGUAGACAUACCAGUCAAAAGCAACAAACUGUUCUCAGAGCCGCUCUCCAGCUGGUAAACCAAAUCGGAAGAUGUGAGAAAAAGCAGCCAGGCGAGAACAUCGGGAAUGAGACCACGGACGCUACUACUGAGGAAUCCGUUACUGUACCAGGAGCGCCUCCAUCAGAGUUACUACUGAUGCUCUUGCAUCCAAAUGCCGGGCCCCAGUGGCCAGACCAUAUAUCGAACAAGACACUCGAGAAAAUGGCCGCGACUCUCAUGAAGGGCGAUUGCCAAGGUCAAUUGUUCCAUCAAUACUGCGUCUGCAUUUACGUCAAGGCGAUUGGGCAUUUCUAUCAACUCUCGAGGAUAAUAACUAGCCCCAUUGUCAGGGACCAGCUCGUUCAGUCGAGAAAUGCUUACAUCGCAGCUACUCUUCGGAGUAUGCGUCAAUUCAACAUUCUCGCGUCGCCGAGCCUGCAGUCCAUUCAGUCCCUUGUGUCGAGUGCCUUGUUGAUGCAGCAACUGGGAGAUGUCAAACAAUGCUGGACUUUAAACUCAUACGCUGCUCAGCAAAUAGUUGCACUCGGUUACGAUCGUAUUCGCAGCAUACCUACUCGCUCACAGAUCGAAGAGGAGAUACACAGCGCCGUAUAUUGGUGCUACUAUAUGGAUAGAACUGUCAGCGCACUUCUUUUGCGGCGUACAGCUUUACCUGAUCUUAAUGUAUCUCCGACAGAGCUUAUUGCCUCUAUACAGCAGUCACCAUAUGACCCGCUGAUCCGGAUUCUGCUGGAUUUCGCGCAGAUCCAAGGGCACCUGCUUGCGUUUUCAUCGCACUUGAAACGAGCUGAUUCCAGGUACAUUUUGGACACUUGCAAUUUUAUCGAGGAGAGGAUGUAUAUCAUCUCUAAUGAUCUACAAUCCAGCCGCGAAUCACUCCCAGAAAUGCUUCAAUAUGACUGGGUUGCCGCUGAUUUCUGCUACUAUGCAAUCUACGUGGAAAUCCUCCGAACACGUCUGAGAUGCACAUUCACCCCACUAGUACAUAGAGAAUGUCUAACCUACGCCCGAAAAUCCCUGGAAGCGUUUCGAUUUCUGCAGCAACACCGCGCUGAGUUGGGAUUUGACGAUCCAUACCCAUCUUUUUUGACAUGGACAUUGCUUUUAUACCCACUCAGCCCUUUCUUUGUCGUUUUCUGCAACAUCAUCGGAACACUAGACAAGGACGACCAUGUGAUCAUGCACCAGAUUACCACCGGUCUAUCAGAAUUCAAGCGCGACCCGCACCUGGAAAAAGUCCUCAGCCUCCUUACUUCACUCGACCGGCUUUGCGAGCCGCUAUUUCAUGAAGAUGUAGAGGUAAUUUCCCAGUCUAAUCCACAAAUGCAACGACCAGCAGAGACGCCCCCCACGGUUCGAAUUUUUCCAAAUGCCUGGGAUAAUAUAGACCUGGGACAAGAUACAUCCAAUUCUGAGAUAGGGGCUUCGACCGAUUGGCUUAUGUGGCAGCUUUUUAAUAGCGAGGUGCCGUUGGGGUGGCUUAAUCCGGACUUUCCUAUCCUGUAA